CUGUCCAGCCAAUCAUAGUUUUUGACGACACAAAAGAGCCUAAAGUUGGAGUAUAAAAGGUGUGCGCUAAUAAAGUGUGAUACCUAUCAGAGUGGGACAUUAAUCCAAUCCCAGUCGGGUCCAGCACACACCAAGGGAGAGAAUGCAUCUGUCUCUGACUGUGAUGUAUCUCAGCUUGCUGAUUGCUUUGGGUUCAGUCGUUUUGAGCGACCAAGAGACGCAGCAGCAGCCCGUCGCCAGCAGCCCGGAGGACACGGAGCAGUGCUCCUCCUGCGAGGUCCGCCAGCAGAUCAAAACCAUGCGACUAAACGCGAUCAAAUCGCAGAUUUUGAGCAAACUGCGAAUGAAAGAAGCUCCAAAUAUCAGCCGAGACAUUGUGAAGCAGCUCCUGCCCAGAGCGCCGCCGCUGCAGCAGCUUCUGGACCAGUACGACGUGCUGGGAGAUGACAACAAGGAUGAGGUUAUGGAGGAGGACGAUGAGCACGCCACCACGGAGACAAUAAUGAUGAUGGCCACUGCACCCGAGUCCAUCGUCCAGACGGACGGGGAACCAAAGUGCUGCUUUUUCUCUUUCACCCAAAGGCUCCAGGCCACGCGCGUGCUGCGGGCUCAGCUGUGGGUGAACCUGCGGCCGGCGGGGGAGGCGACCACGGUGUUCAUGCAGAUCUCCCGCCUGAUGCCAGCCGCGGACGGGAGGAGGCACGUACGCAUCCGCUCCCUGAAGAUUGACGUGAAUGCCGGAGUCAGCUCUUGGCAAAGCAUCGACGUCAAACAAGUGCUGGCUGUGUGGCUGCAGCAGCCGGAGACCAACUGGGGAAUCGAGAUCAACGCCUUCGACUCGAGGGGAAACGACUUGGCUGUGACCUCCACGGAGCCCGGGGAGGAAGGACUGCAACCGUUCAUGGAGGUGAAGAUCUCCGAGGGGCCCAGGCGGGCCAGGAGAGACUCGGGCCUGGACUGUGACGAGAAUUCCCUGGAGUCCCGGUGCUGUCGUUACCCGCUCACUGUGGACUUUGAAGACUUUGGCUGGGACUGGAUUAUUGCGCCCAAGCGCUACAAGGCCAACUAUUGCUCCGGGGAGUGUGAGUACAUGCACCUGCAGAAGUAUCCGCACACCCACCUGGUGAACAAGGCCAACCCCCGAGGGAGCGCCGGGCCCUGCUGCACGCCCACCAAGAUGUCGCCCAUCAACAUGCUCUACUUCAACAGGAAAGAGCAGAUCAUCUACGGCAAGAUCCCUUCCAUGGUGGUGGACCGCUGUGGAUGCUCUUGAGAUGGAUGGAGGGGCUGUGGCUUCAUCCGUCCCCCGACUUCAAACUUUUUUACCCACCCGAUCCACCCGAUCCACCCGAUCCACCUGAUCCACCCGAUCCACCUGAUCCACCUGAUCCACCCGAUCCACCCGAUCCACCUGAUCCACCUGAUCCAACGCUUUCCUGCAGAACACGGGGCAGUAGAACCACAGUAGCCACAAACAGGGCAGCGCUCUCCCAACCAGCCUGGCGCUUGCUUUCAUUCCCCCCAUUGAAAUGUCAGCCAUGGGGGCUUCAAGUCAGACGCUCGGAGAAAGUUCCGUUCACACUCAAACACACCUGCCGAAUCCUGGAGGGAAGGUAGAAAGCACCUGUGUUCUCUGCUGUUCAUUUAUACACACAUCUACUCCACUCCAUAUGUAGCCAACAUGAAAACUAUUACACUUUUUGCUAAGAUAUGUGCUCGUGGUAAUCAUUUAAAACACAAGUUAUGUUGUCAGAGUGAAAACCUCAUGGACUUUUUGAAACACAUCUGGAGGCUGAAACGAGGGAUGAAAACUGGCAAACCCUUAAUCACUCAAAUAUCAUUUGAACUGCACCCGAUUUUUAGACAAUCAAUUGCAAGUCAUUCUCUCUCUUGUAUUGCAUUAAACUUUAAGUUGUCGUUUUAAGUAAAACGUGGUAAACACAUCCUGUAGCAUACAUACAAGCAGCAACAUAUCUGACCGAGGACCCUGGUGUUCUUCACUAUCCAACCAAACAGCCUGAGCCCUGUGAGAGACACUUGAAUUAUUCGCAUUGUAAAUUCACACGAGUGGACAGAAGGACUUGAAGUGACCAGUCACAAGUCACAGUGACUUACUCAUGAACAGAGGAAGUGGCUUGUGGAGAUGGAUGAAUGUUGAGAUCAUGCUCAGCACAGUUUGCACUAUGGCACACCAAUAGAACAAUUGGUUGCAACAAAAGUUGUAAAAACUGAUUUUGAUAUGUUUGCUAAUUUGUAUUGUAUACAUGUGCCAUUGUUUCCAUUAGGGGUUUCCUUUCUAAACCACCUGUUGGUAAAUGUAUAAAACCACCACCUGCCAAGAUAAAUGAUGUAGUGCAGCAACUCUAUAUACUUGUUUUAACAAAUAAAGUU